AAGGUUUUGCUCACUGUCUCCCUUAUAAUGGGGUUGGUGGCAUCAGAAGCUACCGCGAACGGCAUUAAACCAUCAAAUAUAUUGGGUGGAGCAGAGCAACACGCGUCUUACAGUUUCGUAAGACCAGGUUUAACUCAAACAUCCUUCGCUUUCAACGGACCAAGUUCUCAUCAAGCAUUCAGUUCAAGUAUUGGAAAUCCGUAUUUGGCACAAAAAGUUCUCCCCAACGUAGCAAAUGCUCUUGCUUACAGAAAUCCUGGUUUAGGAUAUUUCUCUUCUAUUCCCCUAGUGAUGGCUUAUGCUCCAAAUUCCGUUUACCCUGGAGGAAUUCCUAUAAACGCUAUGGCAUCCCCGUAUCAAUUUCCACUAGACCCAGCGGCUCUGGGAUACCUACAACAAAUGCAACAGUAUCCAGCUCAAGUGCAAGCUCAAGUUGAACCUAACAUUUAUCAAGCUAAUCUCAUAAGACUCUUGGCACUACGACAAGCCCAGACUCAGACACAGGCUCAGUCACACCAGAUUCCAGAACAAGUUCAACUACAAGAUCAGCAAUCGCAUCAAACACAAAAUCUUUUGGGAGUUGCUUAUUCUUCCGCGCCGUCCGUUGCUCACGUGAAAGUUAGCGGAAAUGGGUACAAAUUUGAUUUUUGA